AGAAAAGGAGGCUACAUCGACAGACGGCGAAUUUCUUUCCUUCACCUCGCUGAGCCUCUUGCGUCUCAGCUCGACUUUGAACUAUCUUUUACAAUAGAUCCCGUGAUGGCCUCAUCUCAGCCUACAUUCGUGAUGGUUCCCCAGUGGACCAACAACCCAGCCGUCCAACCGAUGGCCUUUCCAACGCCAACUAAACCAGAACGUGUACAAGUGUUGUACAAAGGUGAACCCAAAGCCCUAGGGGCAACACAACUCGCUCUGGCCUUUUUACAAAUCGCUUUCGGGACAGUUUUGUUUUUCACUGUUACCUAUGGAAUACCGAUUAGCUCCUACAGUGGCAUCAACUUCUGGGGAGCCUUAUUUUAUAUCAUCUCGGGAUCUCUGUCGGUUGCCGUAGAGAAGCGCCCUACUCCUUCCAUGAUCAGUGGAUUCCUAGCGAUGAAUAUUAUUAGCGCCAUUAUUUCUCUUGCCGCUGCCUGUUUGUUCAUGACCGAUAUGUUUGUUUAUUAUUGCUAUGACUACAAUGGUUGCUAUAACAACGACUAUUACACGUUAGAAGCAAACAGAAUUAUAUGUCUGGUGUUCCUUGUCAUUGCCUCUCUCCUGCAGUUCUGCAUCUCUGUUUCGCUAUCUGCGUUCGGAUGCAAAUCCGUCUGCCGCCAGUCCAGCUUGCCGUCCCAGGUCUUCGUGAUACAGAAUGAUUACAGAAAUCCAGAAAACAACCAGAUACCUGUCGCCGGGAACCCAUAUCCAUACUUACCUCAACAUAAUGCUGGUGGUCAGGGGAAUUCUGGGUUUGUGAUCCCAACGGUUCAUCCACCAAGGAAUUAAACAACCCAACUGUCCCAAAAGAGCUCUUCAACCUUUACAUACCCAAUCAAAUCAAAGGUAGAAUUUCAAGAUGCCCCGACUUCAUUCUAACUGAAGAUACACAGAGAUUUAAUUAUAGAGAUGAUAAGCUUGGGAAAGUUCAUAGUCUUCUAAAGGAGGCUCAUCGGCUUCAAAUUACAUCAAUAUGGAUACUUUGUGUUCAAUAAAACCUGUUUCGUCUUGUUAAACUC